AUGCGCCUGCGUCUGUCCCCGAGGUUCGCCGCGCUCGCGGCCGUCGUCUCGGCCGCGACCGGCGUGACUGCGCAAUCGAGCGCGGCGUCGUCGUCGUCGGCGGUGUCUUCGGCGGUGUCAUCGUCCGCGGCGUCCGCAUCUGCCUCCGUGCUGUCCAGCACGAGCGCCGUGUCCUCGAUCUCUUCUUCCGUGUCUGCCUCCGUUUCUGGGUCCGUCUCCGCCUCCAGCAGUGACGCGUCUCCACCUGCAUCCAGCAGCGCUGCGUCGGCCUCUGCGUCCAGUAGUGCCGCAUCAGGGUCUGCCUCGAGCAGCGCUGCGUCGGUCUCCGCCUCGGUAUCUGCGAGUGCUUCGAUCUCGAGCAGCCUCGCGUCCGCUCCUUCUACCAGCGCCGGAUCUGCUUCCGCCAGCAGUUCCUCAUCCUCGUCCAUCACCACCGCCCCUCCCUCCUCCUCAAGUACCGUAGCACACACCGUCGGCGGCUCCUACAACAGCGGAUCCGGCACAGAGAGUGGCUGGCUCACAUGGCCGAUCUCCUCGUACACCUUCGCGUCCUUCCCCGUGGUGACCCAAACCCCGAUCCCGGGGGUGUACCAGGUGUCUUCGCCCUCCGAGCCCCCUCCGGUGGACAACGCGGGGGCGUGCGUGGUACCAGACUUCGACUACGCAUGGGGGGCGGCAUACGAGCAGGCGGAGGCGUUCGUGGCGGGGCUGACGGUGGAGGAGAAGGUGAACGUGAGCACCGGGGUCGGGUGGGAGAACGGGCGGUGCGUGGGCAACAUCGGGCCCGUCGCGGGCUUCGGCGGGCUCUGCCUCGAGGACUCCCCGCUCGGCGUGCGCGACACGGACUUCAACACGGCGUUCCCCGCGGGCAUCACCGUCGCCUCCACGUGGAACCGCACGGCGAUGCGCCUCCGCGGGCUCCAGAUGGGCCAGGAGUUCAAGGGCAAGGGCGUGCAUGUCGCCCUUGGCCCGAUGAUCAAUAUGGGCCGCGUACAGCAGGCGGGAAGGAAUUGGGAGGGGUUCGGCGCGGAUCCGUUCUUGACUGGCGAGGCGGCGUAUGAGACCGUGCUCGGGUUGCAGCAGGCGGGCGUGCAGGCGUGUGCGAAGCAUUACAUUGACUACGAGCAGGAGUACAAGCGCACGCAGGAGUCGUCCGAGGUGGACGACCAGACGGAGCACGAGAUCUACCUGCGCCCGUUCCUGCGCAGCGUCAUGGCCGGCGUAGCGAGCGUGAUGUGCAGCUACAACUUGAUCAACGAUACGUACGCGUGCGAGAACGACCGGACGCUGAACCAGCUGCUCAAGGGCGAGCUCGGGUUCCGCGGGUACGUCAUGUCCGACUGGGGCGCGCAGAUGUCCACGCUCGCCGCCGUCGCCGGCCUCGAUAUGUCCAUGGCGGGCGACAUCUACCUCGGGUCGGGCACGUCCUAUUGGGGCCAGAACCUGACGGACUACGUGAACAACGGCACGAUCCCGCUCUCGCGCCUGGACGACAUGGCGACGCGCAUCAUAGCGUCCUACUACUUCCUCGACCAGGCGUACUGGUACCCGAACGUGAGCUUCAACGCGUUCUACCCGUACGACGAGACGCAGAACCUGCACGUCGAUGUGGAGGCGGACCACUACAAGCUCGUGCGUGAGAUCGGCGCGCAGGGCGCGGUGCUACUCAAGAACACGAACGGCGCUCUCCCGCUCAACAAGCCGCGCAGCAUCGUCCUCAUCGGCCAGGAUGCGGGCGACGCCCCGAUGGGCCCGAAUGGCUACUCUGACCGCGGCGGCGACGACGGUGUCCUUGCAAUGGGCUGGGGCUCCGGCACUGACAACUAUCCGUACCUGAUCUCUCCGCUUGACGCCAUCCAAGAACGCGCGCGCGAGGAUGGCACCACCGUAUCGUGGUGGCUCCUCGAUUGGAAUACAGCUGGCGCGGCACAGGCGGCGGUGCAGUUCGACGCUGCGAUCGUCUUCGCCAACGCCGACUCGGGCGAAGGGUACAUCACUGUUGACGGCAACACGGGCGACCGGAACAACAUGUCGCUGUGGAACAACGCGGACAACCUCAUCUCGGCCGUCGCCGCGGUGAACAACAACACCAUCGUCGUCGCGCACUCCGUCGGCGCGUGCAUCAUCGAGGACUGGGUCGACAACCCGAACGUCACCGCUUUGAUCUGGGCGAACCUCCCCGGCCAGGAAGCGGGGAACUCGCUCGUGGACGUGCUCUACGGUGCGGUGAACCCGUCCGGCCGCCUGCCGUACACGAUGGCGAAGAGCCCGUCCGACUAUGGUACGAGCCUCACCGGGGGCGGUGACGCGAGCACUAUCAUCAGCAUCCCGUACACCGAGGGCAUCUUCCUCGACUACCGCCACUUCGACACCUACAACAUCACCCCGCGGUACGAGUUCGGCUACGGGCUGUCGUACACGCGCUUUGGGUUCUGGAACGCCGCCGCGACGCGGGUGCCCGGGUACGACUGGGAGUACAGCGGCCUCGAGCAGGAGUGGGACGACGGCGUGCCCACGCCGGACGUCGAGGGCGCGUCCGUCGCGAUAUACCUCCACCGGCCGGUGAUCCAGAUCCAGUUCGAGGUGCAGAACCUCGGGGACAUCCCCGGCACGGAGAUCCCGCAGGUGUACGUGCACUUCCCGCCGGCGGCCGGCCAGCCGCCGUCGCAGCUCAAGGGCUUCGACGCGGUGUACCUCUGGCCGGGCGAGGUGCAGACGGUGACGAUCUCGCUGUCGCGCUACGACCUCUCCGUGUGGAACGUCGCCGCGCAGGGCUGGCAGAGGCCCGCGGGCACGUUCGCGUACUCGGUCGGCGCGAGCAGCCGGGACUUCCGCCUGAACGGCACGCUCCCGCUCUGA